UACAUAUAAGCGUAAUCAAACUGGUGUAUGUUUCUAUGCUAUGACUAAGACGCAUCAGCCUGUUGGAAAAAAGUAUUUGAACGUUCUAUCCGAGUUACACGAUUCUGGUAGUCGUCUGAUAGGAUUACGACUACCGUUGAAAGAUUGACGGUCGAAUCCGUCAGCCGCUUUCUACGGCUCGGGAGUCGGGACGGACUUAGGAUUUUCUGCAAUUUUCUCCGCGGCCUUCGACGCUGUAGGCCGUGCACGUUCCGAGGCUCGAAAGCUCGGCAUUCAAUUCGAAUCGCGUACACUUGCGGUUGAUGAAAGCUUGAAUGAGUGGCACGUGGAUGCGAUGCGCGCGAGCACGGCGGUUUCGUUAGCGUCAGCGAUGCUAUUUUAAGCAUUUCUGGGAAUUAAAAUUAGUUGAACGAAGAAAUAGAUUCGUGAUAGAUAUAGUUUUUCGAGUUGGCUCACCCUCAACCGUAUACAUCUACAAUAAAUUAAAUGAUUAAAUGUAAUUCAAUGCUUUGACGAAAACAAUGAUCGUAUAUCAUCCUACAAUAUGAAGAUAGAUGACGAAAUAUAUACCAUGUCCCAAUUUUAAUACGCACACACAUUGGUUGUCAUCGUUAGUUCCAUUAAUUUAUCUCAAGUAUACUGUCACCAUUCUACUUCAGGACACAACUCGCUCGUUCCAAACACAAAAAAUGCGAAAACAUUGAAGAAUUUUGUAUUCUAUUCGAUUAAUAUGAUAAAAAUUUAAUCAGCAAUUGAGCGACGCGUGUCAACGAGCAACGAAGGAUGCCAAUGAGACGCAAUCUGCUGUCCUUGUUGACGCAAAGAGAAACGGCGUGACAGUGUAUACAUAUAGUAGACGCCUUGAGAGUGUCCCGCGGUGCCCCUCGAGUCUCCCCGUGUCCCGAAGACGGAUGCAGGGGAGAAGGGACGACUCUCGUGCUGUACACAACCACCACCGAUGCUGGAUCACGGGGGCGUCAAGAGAAGCGAGAGCAGGCGGUAGGCCAAGAGGGAAACGGGUGUAUCGGGGGAGUGAAGCUUAACGCAUGUGCACAGGGCGCUUCGCGUCGCGGCGCUCCGGUCCCGCCGGUCGGAGGCUGCGAAACCGAGCGGGCGGAAUUCGCGGAUCAGAGUCGUCGCAUCUCUCGCUUAAGAUAUACAUCACCGCGGCAUCGUCCGCGGUUUUCCAUGGGUAUCGGCGAGCCGAGAGCCGUCCCGACGCUGGCCGACACGCACCGAGCCCCGGUAACGACUGUCAAUCGCGGACGGGAUGCUACGCUCGGAGUACGCUCGGUGACGAAUGAUACCUCCCGAAAUUACGGUCUUUCGUGCGACACGACACACGUGCGGUACGCCUUCAAGUGCGACUACGAAUCCGGAGGACCUGCGCUGGCGAAUCAACGCGACGACGAAUCGGCACGACGAUCAACUUCCAGUUAACACAGACUCCGAAGGGUCGAUAUUUAUUUCCUUGGUACUCCCUCGAGAAAGCUUCCAGGAUCAUUGUGCUUUAGCGCGAGCUGAAUCAAAUUGUUAAACGACUAAAGGAAAGUGUGACAUCGUGAAAAGCUCCUCGCAGAUAGAAAUAUUCUCGUCUAUUGACCAUUCGUAUUACUUCAUAACUGAUCUCUUCAACGAUAAGAAAGAGCGAGGAAAUUAAUAAUUUGGAAAACAAAGUUCGUCCCAAAGAAGCCAAUUCCAGACUACGUUUCACACUGUAGAUCUUGGAAAUUAUAAAUCUUGUAAGUCAAUGUUAAGUUGCAGCUUAUUAAGUACAGUGCACUGUUCAUCGACCUCGCGCGAGCAUUAUCCUCGUUAUGUCUUGAAGAAGUCUAACCAGUAACUCAAGCUUUUGCCACAAACAAUUUCAUCCAGGUAAAGGAGUCAACUUGGACGAGGAUACUUUUGAAUGACCUGAUCCGCCUUAUGUUGCGCUAAGUCGGUUGCUCGCUUAUUUUUUAUUGUUAUUCAUCAGCAAGCCACUCCGUCAGCUCAUAAAUUAUUGCGAUUUAACAAUAUCUUCUUAAGACAAUCUGACUACGCACGGAAUCUCUCUCUCUCACUCUCACUCUCUCUCUCUCGAAGCAGUAUCAUUCGAAUCAAGCCGGAGUACCAAGUACCUUAAGCGUUCCAAGUAUUUUGUGCGACUGCUCCAGUUUGUAGGAUUGUGUGUGUGAAGGUAUCGCGAAGGCAAAGUGAGGAAAGGGUGAUGGUGAAUGGACUCACAUGGUUACUCUAUCCAAUAGACAGUGAGUCUGCUCGAAGGACACAUGGUUCGUCGACGGUGUUGGGUUUUUCUGAUCCCACGCAGUUUCCUGUCGUACCUGGCUCGGUGACUGUUGGCGAAUCUGUUCGCUCUUCGUGGACAAAGACUCCCGGGAAGGUGGUGUGUAAAAGGAAGUACCAGCCACGACGGGGCCCAGCGCCGGGGCGGAGACAAGGCCCCCGGUGCAGGGAAGAAGCGAAGCAGGGAAAGAAGUCGAGUUUAGCGUAGCAGCAACGGCCCUGAAACUACAGGGGAGAACAACUACCCCCUUGAACAGGGGGGAAGCUAGAAGGCGACCUCGCCGACGGAGGCGACGGAAAAAGAAGCGACGGAGGUGCGGCGUAAUUUCGAUUAUAGGGUGGAUAGAGGAACGAAACGGGUCUGGAGUGGCUUGGCGCUUUGAACGAAAGUGUCACACCGGGGAAGACGAAGGACUUUGAUUACUAUCUUCCGCUACCACCUUGUGUAUACGUGGUAUACUCUCUCCUCUUUUUUCACUUGCUAAUUAAAAAGGUUCUGUAGUGCUCCAGUUUAUAAUUUUACCCUCUUUUGGUAGUGAGCUCAGUGUGAUAAAAAGUCAAAUGAUGUACAUGUGAUCCAAAAUGAUGGUAAUUUGAUAUAUAUAUAUGUAUAUGUGUGUGUGCUUGUGCUGCUCAAGAGUGCGUGAGAUGACAAGGGUCGAGUGAAAAAAAAAAUUAUAAAAAAAGAUUGGCGAAGAAAUGCAAUGCCGAAGUGAUAAAUCUGUAUCUCUAUAAAGACGUGUGCCAGUGUGUCCACACAAGAAAAGUACAAAACAAAAUAAAUUUACGAAGAUAAAGGGAUAGAGAAAAGAAUCAUAGAUCAGCUGAAGAUAACCAAAGGAAAGUCAGUCAGCAACGUAGAGAAGUGACAUAAGCAGGUGGGACAGGUGGGACAGUAGCAUGAGUUCGUACUUCGCGAAUUCGUAUAUCCCGGACCUGCGAAAUGGCGGGGUGGAACACCCGCAUCAGCAUCAGCAGCACUACGGUGCGGCCGUACAGGUACCUCAGCAAACCCAAUCGGUCCAGCAACAGUCCCAGCAAGCCGGUGACCCAUGCGACCCAACUUUGUUACGUCAAGGAGUAUCCGCCCAUCAUUAUGGAACCGCGGGAGGUCAGCAAGAUAUGCCUUAUCCAAGGUUUCCUCCGUACAACCGGAUUGACAUGCGGAACGCGGCCUACUAUCAGCAUCAACAAGAACCCGGAAGUAUGGACGGCAUGGCCGGUUACAGAUCGACGUCUCCGAGCACCGGUAUGGGUCACAUGGGACACACUCCUACCCCCAAUGGACAUCCGUCCACUCCGAUCGUCUAUGCAAGUUGCAAACUUCAAGCGGCUGCUGUCGAUCAUCAAGGCAGCGUUCUCGACGGACCGGAUAGCCCUCCUCUCGUCGAAUCGCAGAUGCAUCACCAAAUGCACAGCCAGCAUCCGCAUAUACAGACGCAGCAGUCGCAGCAUCCGCAACCGCAGCAAUCGCAGCAUCAGCAUCUGCAGGCGCAGCAGCAACAUAUGAUGUACCAGCAGCAACAGCAAUCUCAAACUGCCUCGCAACAGGGACAAAGUGGAAUGCAUCCGCAACAACAGCAACAGGCUCAGCAGCAUCAAGGCGUCGUUGCAUCGUCGCUUAGUCAACAACAACAAGGCGCGCCGCAGGGUGCGGCGUCUGCGAACUUACCGAGCCCAUUGUAUCCUUGGAUGAGGAGCCAGUUUGAAAGGAAACGGGGUCGGCAGACCUACACGAGAUACCAAACGUUAGAGCUGGAGAAGGAAUUUCACUUCAAUCGAUAUCUUACUAGGCGGCGACGUAUCGAAAUCGCACACGCGCUAUGUCUGACAGAACGACAGAUAAAGAUCUGGUUUCAAAACAGACGGAUGAAGUGGAAGAAGGAGAACAAAACGAAAGGCGAGCCGGGUUCGGGCGAUGGCGACACUGAAAUCUCGCCGCAGACGUCGCCGCAGGGUUAAAAGAGCUCCGAGGAGUGGAACUUCCUUUCCACCUCUCUCAGGGUCGUUAAUACCUUGUUUCCAGCACUACCUCCUCCCCACCCAAACCCUAAUCCUCAUCGAUGACCUCCAAAUGAUCCCUCUAAGCAAUGACGCUUAUUUUGUCGUGUUAAUCAUGUUGCUUGUACCAAAAACGAAACAGAUAAUGAUUAAGGCGAGGAAGUUGUAGAAGGACCCGUAAUAGCGCUCGAUGACGAAUAGACGAUAAAAAGGAAACUUACGAUAAACUCAGAGACACAAAGGUGACAAGGAAGACGAAAGGAAAAGUAGCAAGAGAGACGAAGCAAAGACGCACAAACGAGUCAGCAGAAGAGGAUCUGCGGAAAUGCGCGUGAAUAAGGUGGAUCAAGGAUUAUUGAUCGAGAAGAGUAAAUGAAACUGGAUCACAUGCUAAUCAGAACCGCGUUAACCUCUAUUACGUUUAAUCGAUUAUUGUAUACUAAAGCCUAUAUAUGUAUAUAUAUAUAAAAAUAAACGUAUAUAUAUACAUACAUACAUACAUACAUACAUACUUACAUACAUAUGUAUAUAUAUAAAUAUAUAUACAUAUGGAUGAAGAGGUAUGUAGUUUAAUGUAAAAUCAUGGGAGCGAGUGACCGAUGACCGGUUGGUACUAAACGCAGAACAUGUAGGAGACGUGAUUCAGAAUGAUAGAGUAUUAAGAGUUAAAUUUGCCGAGAAACAAUGAUAUGCGCGAAUCUGACUGCGAGUGUGGUAGAAGAAAAGGUCGUAUCGAAAUCUUAGAAGAGCAUUUUAUUAUUUAUUCUCUUACAUCGUAAAGUAGAAUUGUAGGGCGAUUAGUAGAAUAGCUGUACGAAGAUGUCCAUCGCGUCUGUAUUUAGCGAUAGGUAAGCGGUUUAGUGUCCUUAGAGGAUUUGUUUAGAUAGAUUUUUUUCUCUAAUACCGCCGCGCGGUGGCUCUAACGAGGAUAUUUAUGAUUCGUGCCAAGUGUGAUCUUUGAGAAUGUGUUUUGAUAAAAUUCGAGAGAGGAUUACGGCGGGAUACAACAGGUGGACGGAAUGAGCGGAAGUGGAAGAGAAAAAUCAUCAAGUUUACGUCUUAUCCUGAGAACAGUGAUACAAGUGUGUGCAAAACUAAACGGAAGAUCAGUGAAUUUGAAUGUAUAAAUAUAAAAGGUCAUGGCAUUGUUUUUGAAAUGUUGUAUGCGGAAGAGGCGACCGUGAAUGGGACAGACUAGUGCUGAAUGAUAAAGUGAAUAUGAAAAAAAAAAGAAAUAAAACAGCGCCCCUCGGCGGAGCAGAGUCAAAUGGACUUGGCAUUUCUUCAUCAGCGUCAUCGCAAGGUUAGUCUUAUAAAGAUUGCUAAUGAUAUGCAAUUAUCGGUCAUGUUACUUUGUUUCUCGUUGAAUCAGCGUGCAUUUGAUAAGAACAGUAAGCUUUGAAAGCCAACGGAAUGUGUUUACAUUUUUAUGUGAUAUUGAUAGUGCAUAAAACUGUAGCUUAUCCGUUUACUGACCGAUAGUUGGACAAAUUUGUUCCUAUCACGCAUAUUGCUCAAAAUGACGAAUAUAUAAUGUACAUAAGCAGUUCUUUCCUAGAUGAAAAGCGUGUCCGCUUGAAAAAAGAUGUUCAAAUUACUAAGUUUUCGACAUUACUUUCAAUAAUUUAGAAAUGUAUUUGAGAAAUGCGUUUUAUAUUAUUAUCUAUUAUUUGAAUAAAGAAAUUUUUAGUUGGUAUUUGAAAUAGUUUAAAUGAUUUCAAGAAAGAAAAACAGAUAUUUGAUAUUAAGAUAUUUAAUAUCAAGUAUCAUUAGAUAUUUGAUAACACCUAAUGAUAUUUGACAUUAAAUAAAUGUACAUAGUGUAAUAUAUCUUUUUUACAAUGUCGGACAUGUAACGUGAUCUCGAAUAAAUUAUUUUCUUUAGAAUUUUUUUAAAAAGAGCAAAUGCAAUAGUUAUACUCGUAAUAGCGUUGCAAUUCUUCUUUUUUCUUAUUUAAAUAUUAAAAGAAGAUAACUCAAGGAACGAAAGUUUAUUUGCAUUAGUAGCUAUCGAAAAUUUGCUCUUGCUCCGCGCGACAUGACGCCAAGUUACCAAGUGUUAUAAUACAUAGCGUAUUUUCGGAAUAGGAUGCUUUCGGCAUGAAACCGCUUGGCACCUUAAUAGUGGCUUAGAGCUAACGUGACUAAAUAAAAUUUUUUAUCAUGUAUGUACAAUAACUUUUAUUAUCAUUCCAAACAAUUAUAUUCAUCAUAUCAGAGUUUAUUUGUAUAGUUUGAAGAGAAUUUAAGCAAAUUUUUAUUCUAGUUUUUUCAACCGAUUGUGAGUGAUAUAUUGUGCUUUUCUUUUACAAAUUAUUUUUUAUUACUAUUUAUAUGAGAAUUAUAAUAUUUUUAUUUAAGUUUUUACAUGACAAAACACUCUCUAUGUGCGAGAAAUGUGUGAUCAGUGAGAAUCCAAUUUGUUACAUUUAUAUUGGAACAAGCGUGUUAAGCGUGGCAAGCGGUAUCAGAGCACUCGAUCGUCAACUCGAUCGUCUGAUCUGGUUCGAUGAAUUGAUUCGAUUAUGCCGUAUCGGGAGAUCCAGGAAAGCCCGGCCACGUUGUAGCCAGGCAAGCCCAUAUAUUCCGCCGCGGUGAAUUCUUGUGCUGUGUUGUAAACUUAGAUUCGACAUAAUUAUUUAGUGUAUAUCUUGUAUACACCAUAAUUAACGAAUAUACGUAAUAAACGAUAUUAAUAACCGCGUGGUAAUUAAUGAACAGCGAUCGAAAAUGCCUAUAGAGGUGGUCAAUCUUCUAACUCGCUGCAGAAUUCGGCUCCUUACCAUCUCUUCACUAAAAAAAAAAGAGAGAAGAUGGGAUAAAGAGACGAAGAGAGUGACAUAUAAAACGUGUAAUCGAUAUACGUAACGUAUGGUCCAGCUCGCGCUCGUGCGUCGAUCGAGCAAUGUGUGACCAGCCUUUCCUUCUCGAGAAAUUUAUUUAUGUAAAACUCUUUGUCCUUGAGGAGCAACGAACUAUGAGAAGCGGAAAAUCCGCGGCGCUCGCUCGCUAUCGCGCGUUUUGCAAAUUCUCGUGUUACCUAGCCAUUCAUGCUUUCAUCAAAGGAUUCACCGUUUACAUUCUCGUUCCGUUAUUCGGUUUUUAUCUAAUUUGGAUAUAUAGAAAUUAUUAUUAAAAAAAUUUUUUUUAUCACAAGUUGUACCAAGAUUUGCGGUCUUUUUUGCCCUCUGAAGUACGACAACUAUAUAGUUGUACUAUUGAUGAAUGAUUUUUGUAGACGUAUUACAUGUAACUUUACACGAUAUUACAUGGAUUUUUACAUAUUUUACUACGAGAAUAUUGCACGUAGUUCUAAUUAUAUUAAUCAAAUAACAGUAUUUUAAUGGUAGAGAAGAGUGUGCGGUACGCAAAGCACACGGCUCUCUACCAUUUGGUAAGGAAGAAUUUCUUAUCGUUUGACUAAGAUUUCAAUUGUUCUAUAUUAUGACCAAAAGAAAAUUUCAUGUAUCCAACUUUUAGAGACCGAACUAAUAAUUUUCUUUUCAAAUUGCUAAAGAGAGAAUGAUAAUAAACUAUGAGAUGAGAUUCUUACGAUUUGCUAUGCGGAUUAUUUUAAUAUCUUUCGAAAUUGUAAUAUAUUUAUAAUUAAAUUUUUUCAAUUGUAAUGUGCAUACAAGAAAUAAAAUUUAAUAAAAAUUAAAAUUCGAGAUACAGUACCGAUCUAUCAAAAAUAUCUAUCGAAGAUUAUUUGCAAACAUCAUUCGAUUGUAAUAUGUACAAAAGUUGAAUAGUGCAAUAAAAUGUGUUUAAAUAAAAAGUACGUUUAAACGAAAGAUAUGAUGGACUUCGGUGCUGUAAAAGUCAUUUGUGGUGAGCGAUCGCCGUGAAUACGUACGCAAUUAAAGAAAAAUGAACUUUUGUAUCUAUUGGAUAGCGAACCUAUUACUUAUAGAUUAAAAAUAUAUACGUAUAUUAUAUAUAACGCGAGAAGGGAAAAAUUCAUAGUAUUAACUGGGAGGAAUAAAAUGCAAAAUAUAUAUUUUAUCUUUACUCGUAUAUAUGCGCAUUAAAUUACAAGAUAUACGUAAAUUAAAUCACGUACCGUGAGUGUAUGCAAAAGUAGAACGUAAAACUGAACAUAAAUGCAACCGUGUGUACGUACGAAGUAUGUCACUAAGAUAGUCCGUAUUCGAUAAGAGUAACAUCUAAAAUCUAAUUCGUAAAAAAAAAAUAAAGAAAUAGCGUUAAGUAAACGGGUAUGUGUCAGUCGCAAUGAGUGGAGGUGGCAGUCGUGAAUUUUUAAUUGGAUUUUCGUCUAAAUAAAGAACGGUAUCCGCCAUUAAGCGUACACCACGGGAGAAACGCGCAAUGAAAAUUUUAUUUAUUAUUGUCCACGAUAAGCGAGAGAGCGGCGGCAUUUGCAAAAAGAAAAAAAAAUUGUACAUAAGUCCGAUCUUUCUAUCUAGGCUAUCCGCAAAAAAAGAAACGCUAUCAGAUAAGUAGAACAAAGAGAAACGAAGAAAUAUAAGGAGAAGUAAUGUUUGUCAAUGAACGAAUAACUUUCACAGACAGUAAUAUUGUUUAGUCCGGUAAUAUUUAUUGAUACAUGUUAUAUAUACCGCAAAAUGGAUCUUUCUGUUUGUUUAAUUGAUUAUACAAUAAAUAUUUUUUAUAAUGUA